CUUUGUUGCGUUGCCAUGAUCAAAGCAUACGUGAUGCUGUUAUGUACUGUUGCGGGAGCGCACGCAGUUGCGUUUUUCGAUCUCUUUCUCGAAGAGUGGAAUACUUUCAAGCUGAAACAUGGAAAAAAAGUACUUGAGUCCUAUUGUAGAAAAAUUCAGAAUGAAAAUUUUUAUGGAAAACAAAAAAAGAAUUGCCCAACACAAUGCUGCGUUCGAACGAGGGGAAGUAUCGUACCAGCUCGAGUUAAACAAGUUCGGUGAUCUGUUGGCUCAUGAAUUCGGUGCAACAUACAAUGGCUUUAAUAAAACUCAUAAUGCAAGAUUAAGGGAAUCUCUUGGUAUAAGAGGAUCAACUUUCAUUCCACCUGCAAAUGUAAAUGUACCGCCCUAUAUGGACUGGAGGAAACAUGGUGCAAUUACUGAAGUUAAAAAUCAAGAAUCAUGUGCUUCGUGUUGGGCGUUCAGUUCGACAGGUGCAUGGGAAGGACAACAUUUGAGGAAAGCAGGCUAUCUGACUUCCCUGAGUGAACAAAACCUGAUAGAUUGUUCUCACAAAUAUGGAAAUCGGGGCUGCAAUGGUGGCCUGAUGGAUCAGGCAUUUACUUUCGUUAGAGAUAACCGUGGAAUUGAUACGGAAGAAUCGUAUCCAUAUGAAAGUGAUGAUGACAAGUGCAGAUUCAAACGCAUUGAUGUAGGAGCGGAUGAUACUGGCUUUGUAGAUAUUCCAGAGGGUGGUGAAGAGCAACGUAAAGUUGCUGUGGCUACAUUUGGUCCAAUUUCUGUACCUAUUGAUGCGGGUCAUGAUUCAUUCCAAUUUUAUUCUAAAGGAGUUUACUAUGAGCCACAUUCUGAGAGCCUUGACCAUGGAGUGUUUGUUGUCGUCGGUUAUGGGACAACAGAGGAUGGUGUUCAGUACUGGUUGGUGAAGAAUUCUUGGUGA